AUGUUUUCUUGUUUUUGUUUCAGCAUUCAGGAUAAUUCCUUCAACACAACAGCUUUAGCAGAGUGUGAUGGGGAUUCAGACUCUGCACAUGAAGAUCAAGCAGCCAGUUCCAGCCCCAGAGAUGAUGAUAACAAAGAAAAUUAUCCGGACAACACUGCUGUCGUAGAGGAAAGGCAGCUGCCUUUGCAAGAUACUCAGCAGCACAAGCAGCAGGCCGUAAUUGACUACGCUGUAAAGCCUGAAAUGGGCAACUUAAAGCUAAGAAAACCUAAGCCCAUUGCAAAGCUAGAAAAUGGGAAAAGCCAUGAGGAAAAUCAGGAGCUGGAAAGUGCAUUGCCAGGCCUUCCAGAGUGGCAGGGGAAGGCUGGAUCCUCAGCUAAUGACUAUGCACAGAACGAGGCUUUCAGAUGCCAGGAAGCAGUCGUGAGAUUUCAACCAAGAAUAGAUCAGAAUACAUGCAUUUCACCAAAAGAAGCAACUGAGCCAUUUAACAGCUUAAAUGAGGAAGAAACUCCUCAGCUGCCGGCACCCAAGGAUCCAGCCCCUUCAUCAGUCCAAACCAGUGUGCAAGCUGAUGGGGCCAGUUAUGGAGAGCCUGUGCCAGCCCACAGAGACUGGCAGAAUGACAUGGACAGCAGCCCACAGGAACAUCACUCCCUUGGGACCAGUCGACUGCUGUAUCACAUUACGGAUGGAGACAAUCCUCUCUUGUCACCACGCUGCUCUAUCUUUAGCCAAAGCCAGAGAUUUAAUCUAGACACAGAGUCUGCCCCUUCUCCACCAAGUGCUCAACCUUUCAUGAUGCCAAGAAGUUCUUCUAGAUGUAACUGUGAAGAGUGCAAAGAACCACAAACAGUAGCACAACUUACCAAGCAUCUUCAGAGUCUCAAGAGAAAAAUUAGGAAGUAUGAAGAAAAGUUUGAGCAAGAAAAAAAAUACCUGCCUUCACAUGGUGACAAGACUUCCAAUCCUGAAGUUCUGAAAUGGAUGAAUGAUUUGGCCAAAGGUCGUAAGCAGCUCAAAGAGCUGAAACUCAGAAUGUCAGAAGAGCAAAACUGUACCUCUAGAGUACCCCAAAGAAAUGAUCGUUGUGAAAGCACUGGGACUCCUAAAGAGGCUGGGACACAGGAGGCCACAAGCAUGGAACCAGCUCCCUCAGUAGAAGAAACCAUGGAUAGUGUAUUGAGACGAUUAAAGGAGAAAAGACAACACUUUAACCUUCCUGAGACUAUUAAGGUAACUAAGCAAGAAAAGAGUAUCAUAAAACCCCUUUAUGACAGAUACAGAAUUAUCAAGAAACUUCUCGCAACUCCAUCUUUGAUCACAACAAUUCAGGAGGAGGAAGACUCAGAUGAAGACCAUCCUCAGAGCAGCCAUGAGGUAUCAUCUGGGCCAAUAUCCUGCCUCCCUGUGGAUGAGCACCUGUGUUACUCUCAGGAGGAGAGUGAGCCUGCAUAUGUUUCACCGCUGGAUGAAAAGAAAGUUUUCAGGCAAACAGCUUUGUCAAUGUCCAAUUUACAUGAGGCAACAAUGCCUGUUCUGCUUGAACAUCUCAGAGAAACAAGAGCAGAUAAGAAAAGGCUUCGCAAAGCUCUGAGGGAGUUUGAGGACCAAUUCUAUAAACAAACAGGAAGGAGUCCUCAAAAAGAAGAUCGGGUGCCAAUGGCCGAGGAAUACUCCGAAUACAAGCACAUGAAAGCCAAAAUCAGGCUCUUGGAGGUUCUCAUCAGUAAGCAUGAUAUUUCCAAAACGAUUUGAAGCAAAUGCAAUGCCGUGAUAUUGUUCUCUAGCAAAAAAACCCAAACAAACAAGUAAUGAAAAAGAGGAAGUAAUUUUACAGGUCUUGGGCUGCUGCACAAUUAUUUGAUACACUGAGAUUUUUGAUGCACUUUACCAAUUAUACUAGCUGAGAUGAGAGAGGACAGCAAUAUGCAAGAAUAUUAAGCACGGGUGAGUGGACUAUAGUAUAUAUUUUUUUCCUUUUGAAAAAGCCUUGAAGUGCACUGUGAGAAUGUUAGAAAUUAAAAGGACAGUGAAGUAUUGUAGAUCCUCAGUUUGACCUGCUCUUAGUUUUAAAAAGUGUGAGGAAAU